AUGGGGUCCACUCAAUUCGGGAACUUCCACCUUUUCACCAAUGAAACCGCGACUGCUGCCUUCCACGCGUGCGAUCUGACCGGCAUUCCUCUCAGUGGGGACAGACACCUUCGGAAUUUAGGUUCAAUUCUGUUGGCCUUCAUUGCCAUUGUCUUGACUGUGGGUAUGAUAUGGAGAUCGGACAAGAAGCACGCUGCCGUCGGCCGGAGGGAAAUGCAAUUAUUUUUGCUCGGUUUCAUCAUCAUUGAGAUCUGCGAGAUCUUCACAGUGGGUGGCUUCCCACUGAACGAUGCAGUCCGAAAGGGAUUUUCCGCGGUACAUAUUGCCGCGAUCACUGCUACUUGCUGGGUCCUUCUCUUGAACGCACUCGUAGGCUUCCAGUUGCUUGACGACGGUACAGCAGCUUCUAUCGGUCUCAUCUGCGCAUCUGCUGCCGCCCUCUUUAUCGGGACUGGCUAUAUUGCCUUGGACACCGGAUUCGAUUGGACUGGUCGUUUCCAGUCAAGCCAUGAGCCACCCAAUCGCAAUAUCGCCCUCUAUGUUCUGUACCAGCUUUUCCCACUCGUCUGCCUUGUCUUGUUCUACCUCCUGGAAGCUGUACUAGUGCUCCGGGUCCUGGGCGAGUUCCGGCCAAUGCUGUAUCUCACCGGCGCUGGCUUGUUGUUUGCAAUUGGUCAGAUCUUCAAUUAUGUGAUCAGCACGCAUCUGUGCCAGGCCUCGGAUGGCAAGAUCAAUGGAGCCUUAUUUGAAACUCUCUUCACCCUCCUUUCUGUCUCCGGGGUCUGGGCCUUCUGGAGCAGCAUCACUGAAGAUGACUGGCCUCUACCCGUGGGUGGUGGUGGUUACAACUGA